GCAAUCCUUCCAAUAAAGUUUCGAAUAAAGAAAUCCCAAAAUCAAUCAAUCAAAUCCCAAAAUCAAAGGGAGUAGUAAUUUAACGUAUCCAAAGAUUAAACUUGAUCGUUCUUCUUCCACUUUCUGAAGCUGUAUUUCUUCAUCAAAAAUGGGCGUUCCCUCCUUCUAUCGCUGGCUCGUCAACAAAUACCCCAAAAUAGUAUCCGACGCCGCCGCCAACCCGCCGGAGUUCGAUAAUUUAUACCUCGACAUGAAUGGAUUAAUCCAUCCUUGCUUCCACCCCGAUGAUGAUCCUUUUCCUCCGACCACCGUCGACGACGUUUUUCGGCGAAUCCAUGAUUACGUGGACAGUCUCUUCGACAUCGUCAAACCUCGUCAACUGCUGUUCAUGGCUAUUGAUGGUGUUGCUCCAAGGGCUAAGAUGAAUCAGCAACGCUCUAGAAGAUUCCGUUCUGCUAAAGAUUACCAACAUGCUGAGGAAGUGGAGGAUAAGUUGAGGAAGCAGUUUGAGGGUGAAGGGAGAGUUGUUCUUCCUAAACAAGAAUCAGAGAUUUUGGAUUCUAACGUGAUUACUCCCGGUACUGAAUUCAUGCACUUGCUGUCUGAGAAUCUGAGAAGCUAUGUGAAACGACGGUUGAGAGAGGAUCCAGCUUGGGGGAACAUAAAGGUUAUCUUGUCUGAUGAUAAGGCUCUUGGGGAGGGGGAGCAUAAAAUAAUGAGCUUUAUCAGAGCACAACGUGCAUCGUCUGAAUAUGAUCCGAACACGAGGCAUUGCCUCUAUGGUCUGGAUGCUGAUUUAAUCAUGCUUGCGUUAGCCACGCAUGAAGCACAUUUCUCGAUUCUGAGAGAGGAGGUUUUGCCUCUAAAUGGAGAACUUAGAAAUGGGAAUUUUGGCCGUGCAUUGGUUGAUUCUGUUAAGGAGCAACCUUUGAGUCGUGAAUCGGCCUCUAGUCAGGAAUCUAGGUGGCAAGCCAGUAAGCGAAAACCGUAUCAGUUUUUGAAUGUGUCUGUUUUGAGAGAAUACUUAUCUCUAGAUAUGGAAAUUCCCGGCUUCGACAAAUUUGAAUUUGAUCAAGAAAGAGCCAUUGAUGAUUUCAUCUUCAUUUGCUUCUUUGCUGGGAAUGAUUUUCUUCCCCAUAUUCCAAGCCUUUCAUUGCAUGAGGGCUGUAUCGAUCUGAUGAUCGAUGUGUACAAGAAAGAAUUCCAAAAUUUUGGUGGCUAUUUAGUGAAUAUGGAAAAGAUAGCUGAUACAAACGGGGGGCUACAUAAAGCUGAGUCUAAACGAGCUGAUAUCAGAGAAAAAAAACUGAGACGAAUGCUUGCUGAGCACAGAGAUGCUCAAGAAGAGGAACAGAACUGCCUGGAUGAAGGAACCUCAUCCGAAAUAUUGGUCAUGCAUGACAUUUCACGUAUUGAUAAACUGAAGAUUUCUGCUCCGGCAGAAGAUGCUGAUACGGUUAUGGAAAAUACGAAGCAGUUGAAGCAAAAGGUCAAAGACGUAAUAAAAAGAGAAUCUGAUAUGUUUAAAGAUGGCUUAUGUGCUGAUAAGCUGAAACUGGGAAACCCGGGUUGGAGGCAGCGAUACUACAACGAAAAAUUCUACACCGACACCCAAAUAGAAAUGGAAUCAACAAGGAAAUCUGUGGUUGCAGAGUACGGAAAAGGUCUUUGUUGGGUGCUGUUGUAUUAUUUUUCUAAAGUCCCAUCUUUUACAUGGUUCUUUCCGUACCAUUAUGGCCCGUUUGCGUCAGACUUCAGAGGGCUCUCUCGGGUGAAGGUGAAGUUUCAGAAAGGCUUCCCCUUUAAGCCGUUUGAUCAGCUAAUGGGAGUACUUCCUCCGAGCAGUUCUCAUGCACUGCCUGAGGCAUACAGGGGUCUUAUGGUUGACGGAGAAUCCAAGAUCAUCGACUUAUAUCCUAUAGAAUUCAAGAUGGAUGUCGAUGGGAUGCGUUUUUUGUGGCAGGGCAUAUGUAUUCUUCCGUUUAUAGACGAAGAGCGUCUUCUUGGGGAGACGAAGAAAGUUGAAAAUGAACUGAAGGAUGAAGAGAAGAUCCGGAAUGAGGAGACCCAUCAUCGUCUGUUUCUGAGACAUUCGAGUGAGUUGAGGCUGGAAUUGUCGUCGUGCAGAGUGAGAAUGAGUUCGGAGAAGAUCAAGGGAUCAGUCGCGAUCCACAGCCAUAUCAAAGGAAUCGAAGGUACGUUACAUGUAACGAGUGAUCAGAUUGAAAGGGAUGACGACGAGAAAUCUGAUAUAUGCAUUUUCUAUGAGAUCCCUCGGUGUUUCAAAUUCGUUCCUCGACUUCUUGAAGGCGUCAACUUACCUGAAAAGACUGUCUGCAGAGAAGACUUAGCAGAAAUCGUUCUUUGGCAUGAGCACCGCGGGCAUGGAGUGUGGCGCAAUCAAAUGCCACACUAUAAAAAAUCAGACGUUGCAUCACAAUCUGCGGGCCGUGGCUUCUGUAUUGGUCGAGGAAGAACUUUCGUGCCUCAAGAGAAUUCGUGUCAUGACCAUGGUAACAUUGGCCGUCAGCAACCGGCUGGAUCUUUUAGGAGGGAUGAUCAUGAUCGUUCCACGUCGAGCUAUAGACAAAGUGACAGCAAUUUCUGGCAGUGUCGUGGUGAUCCUGCUAACGCUGAUUGGAGGGUGCGAAAUCCCUCUGGUAAUAUUGGGGCAAGAAACCUUGGCGGACAACGACAGUAUGCGAAUCAGCCGUUUGUGGCUAAUGCUGGCCGUGGCCAAGGCGGCCAGAGACAGUCAUCACACAUGACUCGGCCCUUUGUGCCAAGUGGUGGUUUGGGCCAUGGCGGCCAAGUACAGCGAACAAGUCAGCCGUUUCUUCGUAAUGGAGGACGUGGUCAGGAACGAUGUCGAGGCUGGUGGCCUCGGAACAUAGAUCAGUAGACAGUUUUUGUAUGUCUGAUCUCUGGUUAUAAUAUUAUCAUAGUUUUUUGGGAUCAAGAAACUAAGGAUCCAUUUUUGUUGUGUACAAUCACAAUGUAUAUAUGUUGAAUUAUGCUAUCAUUGGUAUAAAACAAUUAAUGUGAUAGUAUAAAUUUGUUA